UCAGAACCUGCGACACUCAAAAUACUUGUUGACUCAUAAACCUCGUUGAAGCUGUGUGGCCCUCGCCGACGUCCAGCAUGCCAGCCCCGCGCGUGCCACACAUCAUGACUCUCGCGGACCUGACGGUCCCGCAGAUCAACAAGGUCAUCACGCACGCCCACUACCAGCGCGCCACUUCCCUGCCUUGGCUCGCUCCCGCCACCCGCUUGUCCAAGGAUGCCGACGACAAGAAGAAGGAGCAACCGAAGCGCAUGCCCUCGCAGUCCCUCUUUAACAAGAGCAUCGCGCUGCUUUUCAACAAGCGCAGCACGCGCACACGGGUCAGCGCGGAGACGGCAUCUGUCCUGCUCGGCGGGCGCGCCCUGUUCCUCGGGAGAGAGGAUAUCCAGCUCGGCGUGAACGAGACCGUGCGAGAUAGCGCGCGGGUGAUCGGAGGAUUCUGCCAGGGGAUCUUUGCCCGCGUCGGGGAGCAAGCGGAGAUCGAUGAACUCGCACAAUAUUCCCCCGUGCCCGUGCUUAACGCCCUCUCUGAUCUCUGGCACCCGACCCAGAUCCUCGCCGACAUCCUCACCCUGCACGACCACGCGCACCUCUUCACCGACUCCCCGCCCCCGCCGCCAUCCAAGCGCAUCAACCCGCCCGCACCCCUCCCGCCGCUCACGAUCGCGUGGGUCGGCGACAGCAACAACAUCCUACACGACAUGCUCGUGAGCUACCCGCGGCUUGGGCACAAGCUGCGCGUCGCGACGCCCGGCAAGGAGGAGUACCAGUGCCCGCGGCUCGUGCGGGAACGUGUGGAAGGACUGGGAAUUGAGAUUGGGAAGGAGGAGGGGAAGGGGCCUGGCCAGAUUUUCUGGACCGAGGACCCGCGGGAGGCGGUGAAGGGCGCGGACGUGGUUGUUACGGAUACUUGGGUUUCGAUGGGUCAGGAAGAGCAGAAGGCGCAGCGCCUCCGAGACUUUGCAGGGUACCAGGUGACCGAGGCGCUCUGCCGAGAAGGUGGAGCCAAGGACAACUGGAAGUUCAUGCAUUGUCUGCCCCGCAAGGGCGAGGAGGUCGACGAUGAGGUUUUCUAUGGACCCCGCUCGCUGGUUUUCCCUGAGAGCGACAAUCGCAAGUGGACGAUCAUGGCGUUGUUCGACCUCCUCUUCGGCAAGUGGGAACUCCACCCUGAACAGCUAUACAAGCUGGAGAAGAAGAUGGCCAGCAAGUCUGAAUCCACUACCGAGGACUCGCAGUAGUCGAGGCACUGGCUUCUUCUGAGGAGGUGUUGGAACUGUUGCAGACCGAAAAGUACAUAGUAUACUUGCUUGUAUAAAGUCGGCUAAUCGUCCUUCGACAAUGUUAGAGCUUGCUUGGCUUUGCUGUGCAGAAG